AUGAGCUUCUUCAAUGUGAUAUUUCACCAUGGCGGGGAGUUUGUAAGAGACGGCCAUUUGUUUUACAGAGGAGGAGUUGAAACAAUUAUAUCUGAUCAAGACUAUGAUAAAUGGAGUUUUUGUGAAGCUGUUAGUUUGGUGAAGGAUUGGGGCUAUAAUGAAGUAAAUUUUAGGUUAUGGAGAAAAAUUGACAGAGUUGAUGAAUAUUUUAAGCUAAUGUUGGAGGAUUCACAUGCCAUGGAAAUUGAAGUUGGUGAUGAAGAAAGUUGUUACAAUAGUGAUGAAGAGGUUAAUGGAAUUAUUUUUGAAGAUAGUGAAGAAGAGAGAACAAAGGCACUUGAUGAGGGGUUUGUGGAAGUGGAAAAAGCUUUGGAAGGUUCUUCAAGAACCAUAAUUAAUCGGAAAAAAUUUGGAACUAAAUCAAGUGCGUUAGCUCCUACAAAAGUUGUUGGUGGUUAUAAAAGAAAAGCUGAUUUUGAAAAAGUUAAUGAUGACGAUUAUGUUAGUGAUGAGUUGGGAAGUUCAGACCCAGAUGACUCUGAUAAGGAGACAGGGCCUAAAUAUGAGAAGUUUAGGAAAGAGCAGUUGACUAAAGAUUAUGAAUUUAAAUUAGGCAUGGAAUUUAAUGCAUUAGUUGAAUUUAAAAAUGCAAUUAGAGAGUGGUCAGUUUUGAAUGGUAGAGAAAUCAAGUUUGUGAAAAAUGAUAAAGUUAGGGUUAGGGUGGAGUGUAGGAGCAAAUGUGGUUUUUUAGCCCAUGUGAGUAAAGUUGGUGACAGGCACACUUAUCAAUUGAAGACUUGGGUGGGUACGCAUACAUGUGCUAGGGUGUUAAAUAACAAAUCUGCAAAUUCGCAGUGGGUGGCUAAGGCUGUGGUUGAGAAACUUCAUUCAGUUGAAAAGGUGAGAGUGUCUGAAAUCAUGAGUACUGACAUGAGAAGGAACCACUCUGUUGGCAUUACUAAAGGAAAAGCUUGGAAGGCAAAAGAAAUUGCAGAGCAGAUAAUUGAAGGAGAUGCAGCUAGACAAUAUGCUAUGUUAUGGAGCUAUGCUGCUGAGCUCAGGAGAGUUAGUGUUGGGAAUACCUGUAAGAUAAAUGUGGAGAGACCAAGCCCUACCCUCCAACCUCGGUUUGGAAAAUUUUACUUUUGUUUUGAUGGAUGUAAAAAAGGGUUCUCAAUGGCAUGUAGGCCUUUUAUAGGGGUGGAUGGUUGUCACCUUAAGACAAAGUAUGGGGGACAACUUUUAGUUGCAGUAGGAAGGGACCCUAAUGAUCAAUACUUUCCAUUAGCUUUUGGAGGACUAAUUCCCGUGGUUGAGGAGAUGUUUGACAGAAUUGAGCAUAGGGUAUGUCUUAGACACCUAUAUGCAAACUUUAAGAAGAAGUUUGGUGGAGGAACCUUAAUUAGAGACCUUAUGAUGGGGGCAGCAAAGGCAACAUAUUAUAAAGCUUGGGAAAAGAAAAUGAGUGAAUUGAAGCAGCUGGACCAAAAAGCUUGGGAGUGGUUGAUGGGUGUGCCUACUAGAGGAUGGUGUAAGCAUGCAUUUAGCUUUUAUCCAAAAUGUGAUGUCUUGAUGAAUAAUAUAAGUGAGUCAUUUAAUAGCACAAUACUAGUUGCUAGGGAUAAGCCAAUUCUAACAAUGUGUGAGUGGAUUAGAAACUAUUUAAUGAACAGGAUGGCAAUUAGUGUCUCUAAGCUUGAUAAGUGGCAACACAAUGUGAUGCCUAUCCCUAGGAAGAGGUUGGACCAUGAAGUUCUUUUAAGUGGUCAAUGGGUUCCAACUUGGAGUGGAGAGCAAUGUUGGCAAAUCAACCACGCUUACAAUGGACAUCAAUUCAUUGUUGAUCUUGCCAAAAAGACAUGUACUUGUUGUUUUUGGGACCUAGUUGGAAUUCCUUGUAGGCAUGUUGUGGCUGCAAUGAGUUACGAGAAAAAAUCACCAGAAUCUUAUGUAGAUAACUACUAUAAGAGGGAGGCUUAUAAGCUUUGUUAUAGCUUUAGUGUAAGCCCUAUAAAUGGUAUGGAUAUGUGGCCUAAUGUUGAGGCUGACGAAAUGCUACCACCAUCCUAUAAGAAAGGUCCCGGUAGGCCUAAGAAACUAAGAUUUAGAGAACAUGAUGAGGGUGGUGCAAGGAUGAGGAGGCCCGGUGUUGCUUAUAGGUGCACCAACUGUGAUAAAUUUGGUCACAAUUCAAGAAAGUGUAAAAGUGCCAAAAAUAACCAAGAUGCUUUGAUACGAAAGAGAAAGCUAACAAAUAAACAACAAAAAUCUGACAUGGAAGGUGAAACUGUUGCUGAAACUGAACCUGUAGUUGCUCACGUUACUGCUGUAAUUGAAGAAGAAGUUGUUACUGAUAUUUAA